AGGCCAGUUAUCCGGUCGCUAUGGGAACUGUAUAAAACCGAUCCCCAAGAGCACAAUGGGAAAACAUUUUACUGGAGUUGAUGUGUGGUGUCCUGUAGCGUGUUCUCCCACGGCUCUGAUCUCCUCUCCUCGGGAAACCUGUCCUACUCGUCAGAAUCAAUGCGAAGCAGCAGCGAGGAGUGGGCUGGUGGUGUGCUGUCUGUAGCUUUCGAUUCUCUGGAGAACAAGGACUAAACUCUCUGUUACACUUUUCUUCUUACAUACCUCUUCUUCAGUGCGACGGGGAAGACGGACAACAUGAUUGGCUAUAUCUUCGUGGUUCUGUGUGGAUUGGCUGGCAGUGCGCUCGCAAAGGGUAAGGUGGAGAGUGUGCCUAAGGGGAAGUUCAGUGUUCCUGUUCUGGAUGUGAAGAGUCGACAGCUGGUCCUGGAGGCCAACCAGACUCUGACAAUCCACUGCAGGGGUCGGUGGGAGCUGUCGUGGGCAUUCCCUGGAGGUGUGGCCAGAGAUCAGAAGAGAAUGCGAUUGGAAGAUUCUCGUUGUGGUAGGCAGAGCCAGCAUUACUGCAGCCAACUGACGCUUAGCUCGGCCCAGGCCCAGCACACAGGAUCGUUCAGGUGUCGGUACAGUCAUCGGACGCUCAGGCAGAGAGCUGUCUAUGUCUAUGUCACAGACAGACAGCGGCCAUUUGUGGAGGAGCAGAAUAACAGCCCAGACGUUGUGUAUAUGAAGGAGAGCCAGCCUCUGGUCUUCCCCUGUAGAGUCACCAACCCUGACGCCACUGUCUCAUUGGUCAAGUUUCCUGACCAGGAGUUGACCCCAGACCAGAGGAACAUAGUGUGGAACAGCAGACAGGGCUUCCUCAUCCACAGCCCCACCUACUUCUACAUCGGCCUGUUCUCCUGCAAGACCUCUGUCAACGGGACCACGCACUCCCUCAAUUACCUCACACACAGACAAGUGAAUAAGAUCAUGAAGGUAUAUCUGAACAGUACCAGUCCAGUGCAGUCUCUACAGGGGGACAGUCUGGCCAUCAACUGUACUGUGACUGCAGAGUGGAACAGCAGAGUGUCCAUCAGCUGGGACUACCCUGGACAGGCCAACAGGUCAGCCAUAGUCAGUAGGUGGAUCAUGGCCAGUAAAUUUCACAUGGUGUUCUACAGUAUUCUGUCCAUCCCCAAACUCCACCGCUCUGACAGAGGGCUUUAUAUCUGCCGAGUGACCAGUGGACCGGUCAGUCGAGAGACUAACGUAUCUGUCACAGUCUAUGACCGUCCCUUUAUCCGUCUGAAGCCCAGACAGGGGGCUGUAGUGGAGGCUCAUGCAGGACAGAAGUCAUACCGUCUCUCCCCCAAACUACGAGCUUUCCCUGCCCCAGAAGUCAUCUGGUUGAAGGAUGGGAAGGUGGCAGCGGAGGAGUGUUCCCGUUACCAUGUGGACGGGAAUUCCUUGGUGAUCCGUGAUGUGGUGGAGGAGGAUGCUGGGAAGUACACUAUCCUGGUUGGAAUCCAGGAACACAGACUCUACCAGAACCUAACGCUCUCUCUUGUGGUCAACGUGAGUCCUGGGAUAGGGGAGAAGGCAGUGUCAGUGCAGGACCCAGGUAGUGUUCCGCGGGGUAGCAGACAAGCCCUGCACUGCACCUCCCACGGAGUCCCCCCUCCUCACAUCGCAUGGCUCUGGCACCCCUGCCCCCCCAAAGGCCUGUGUGUGUGUCCCCCGUCCUCCUCAAUGUGGAGCCCCGUAAAAGAGAGGGCCCCCGGCACUUCCACACACAACCACAUCCUGAGUGUCACACACAGACAAGAAGUCCUCCAGGGGAAGAAUAAGACCGUGGGGGUUUUGAUGGUUGCUGAGGCGUUUGUGUCCGGCGUGUAUCGCUGUAUUGCCUCUAGUUCUGUGGGCAAGGAUGAGCUGGACAUGCCCUUCUAUAUAACAGAUGUCCCAGGAGGCUUCAGUGUGAGUCAGGAGGAUGAGCCAAGGGAGGGAGGAGACCUACACCUCACCUGCGUAGCCAAUAAGCACCUGUACACCAAUUUUUCAUGGCAACGGGUGACUGACCCAGCAGAGGCCACACCCCCGACCCCCUCCCUGGGUGGUGAACUGUCCUCAGGAGAGGCCACACCCCCUCCCCCCUCCCUGGGUGGUGAACUGUCCUCAGGGGAGUUUUCUGACACUCUGAGUCUAUUGCUUAGCAACCUGACGACGGGGGAUUCUGGAACCUACCGCUGCUCCGCCAAUCACCUGCUGACGGGACAGAACACACAUCUGGACACACAGGUGGACGUCACAGUACUGGAGGCUCCGGUGCUGUUACAGAAUCUGUCUGACUGCAGCGUGAACAUCAGCAGCUCAGUGACACUCAGCUGCCGCGCCCACGGAGUGCCACGCCCAUUCAUCACAUGGUACAAGGACCAACACACACUGCUUCAGGGAUCAGGUAUCGUCAUAGCACAAGGAGGUGAGAACCUCCACAUUGACCGAAUCACAGUGGAGGACCAGGGUCUGUACACCUGCCAGGCAACCAAUGAGAGAGGCUCUGCUGAGAGCUCCACCUACAUCUGGGUUCACAACUCAUCAGGUGGCCUGUCUCUGGAGAUCCCUACUCUCACCUGUACCUGUCUGGUGGCCACUCUCUUCUGGCUGCUUCUCACUCUCUUCAUACGUAAACUAAAAAAGCCAAACUCUUCGAGUGCCAAGGCUGAGUACCUUUCAAUCAUCCUGGACCCAGGGGAGGGGCCUCUGGAGGAGCAGUGUGAUAGGCUACAGUACGACCCAGGCCAAUGGGAGUUCCCCAGAGACCGCCUCAAACUGGAGAAACCUCUGGGCCGUGGGGCCUUUGGGAAAGUCAUGCAGGCGUCUGCCUUUGGCAUCGACAACUCUACAGGCUGCAGGACUGUGGCUGUCAAGAUGCUCAAGGAGGGGGCUACUCCCAGUGACCACAAGGCUCUGAUGACAGAACUGAAGAUCCUGAACCACAUCGGCCACCACCUGAAUGUGGUCAACCUGCUGGGAGCCUGCACCAAGGCAGGGCCUCUCAUGGUGAUAGUGGAGUACUGUAGGUAUGGAAACCUAUCCACCUACCUGAAGAGCAAGAGAGACGUGUUCCUGCUCAACAAAGAUGGGAAGAAGAGGUGUUUCGAGGAGAGAGAGGGCACAGAGGAGAGGGGUGUCUCCAAGUCUCCUCUCUUCCUGGAGGAUCUCAUCUCCUUCAGUUUCCAGGUGUCUCGAGGCAUGGAGUUCCUCGCCUCUCGCAAGUGUAUCCACCGUGACCUGGCUGCCAGGAACAUUCUGCUGUCUGAGAACAAAGUGGUGAAGAUCUGUGACUUUGGUCUGGCCAGAGACCUCUACAAAGACCUGGACUAUGUCCGCAAGGGAGACGCAAGGCUACCAUUGAAGUGGAUGUCCCCAGAGUCCAUCUUUGACAAGGUGUUCACGACCCAGAGUGACGUGUGGUCCUAUGGAGUUCUGCUCUGGGAGAUAUUCUCUCUGGGAGCCUCUCCGUACCCAGGCCUGAACAUAGAUGAGGAGUUCUGCCACCAACUAAAGGAGGGAACACGCAUGCGAUCCCCAGAGUACAGCACUCCAGAAAUUUACAGCACCAUGCUGGCAUGCUGGGAGGCUAACCCCUCAGACCGCCCCACCUUCACUGGCUUAGUGGAAACACUGGGAGACCUGCUGGAAGCACGGGUUCAACAGGAUGGGAAGGACUACAUUCCCCUGGGCACGUUCCUGUGUGGAGGGAGAGACCCAGACAGCAGCGUCCAGAGAGACUCCACAGAGAGCUCCCUGACUGACCUGCAUCCACACAGACUCAUCAGUCUAGGCUACAUGAACACCAGGAGCACAGCGACACUCAGGACCUUUGAGGAACUGCCCAGCAAGGACCCGCCUGGCCCGGACGAUGAGCAGGGAGACAGCGGGAUGGUUCUACCCUCUGAGGAACUCAAACGCCUCAAAUGGACCAGCGGCGCCAAGAGCCUCACAAGGUCCUUUACCAUCAGUACGUGCAGGGAGAACCUGGUGCCCUGCAUGUGUAAUGACAUCACUGGUCUCCAUGACGACGAGCCGCCUGUCCUCCCAUGCGACUGUGACUCCGAGGAGAGCUGUUCCCCUCCACCCGACUACAACUCUGCCUUCCUCUACCCCUCCCUCUGACAACUCCAUCAUAUCACACUUCUCCCUCUGGUUAGAACUGCCUUGGUUCCUCCCUCCCAGCACACCAUCACCCCCUUGUCUGUCACUCCAUCUAAACACUCACUUCUCUGUCUUUAGGCCAUCUUCCUCCCUACCUACCUCCCUCUUCGUCACAGAUUAAUUAUUGAUGCAGCGCUUCAUUUCCCCAUAACAUACUAUCAGACGACUUCACUCCAAGGAUCUGUCUCUACAAACAAUUCCUCUACAGAUUGGAUUUGAUGCUGUAGCUUCCUCAUGGGGACAGGAGUAAGGUGUGAAUUACUGAGGCCUGCGUAGGGUGCCACACCCACACCACUAACAGCAGCUAAUUCCAUGAUCGUGUUUUCACAUGCAGCAACACCACAUGUCCAUGUACCAUUCUAUAUGGGUACGGCCUAUAGAGCUCAGAGGAACCUCGGUUGCCUCCAGUGACCUGACCAUGAUGUUCCUACACGUGUAUGCUGGAAGAAUGUAUUCAUUAGAAAAUAGCGUUUCACCUAUUUAUUUACAAUAUGUUAACCUCAUGAAAUUGUGUCAAGGCAGGCAACUGCUGUCAGUGAUCAUUAAAAUCAGUAUAUAUGUUAGACCAGUCGAUGGAGAAGUACUGUAUAACAGGUUUCAUAGCCAGACGUUUGCCCUGACUGACACAAGUAUGUAUGUAUUCAAAACACAUCUAAAAAUGUUGAAGUAAAGAAGCGUUAUCACA